AUGUGUGUCUUGACCACCACGUACUAUGUCUACGAGGAGUGCGGCCAUAGCACGAACAAGGUGGCGCGAACCAAGGUGUGUGUGGUGCCGGGCCUGCUGCGGCCGAAGAAGACGUGCCCGCAGGAGAAAUGCGAGAUGGAGUCCAAGGAUGUGUGGUUUCAUGGUAAGUGCACGACGUGUGCCCCGUGGCGCGAGGAGCCGUAG